CUGAGAUCUUCGCCUCUCUCAGGCUCCUGGGCAUCAUGCAUUGUUUCAAGCAGCCUAAGCACUUCCAGAGCCUGAUGCUUCUGCAUUGGCCCUUGAGCUACCUUGCCUUAUUUUGGAUCAUACAGCCAUUGAUCGUUUACCUGCUGUUUACAUCCUUGUGGCCACUACCAGCACUUUACUUUGCCUGGUAUUUCCUGGACUGGAAGACCCCAGAACAAGGUGGUAGGCGUUCCACCUGGGUAAGGAACUGGGGUGUCUGGACCUAUAUCAGGGACUAUUUCCCCAUCAAGAUCGUGAAGACUAAGGACCUGCCACCCGAGCACAACUACCUCAUGGGGGUCCACCCCCAUGGCCUCUUGACCUUUGGCGCCUUCUGCAACUUCUGCACUGAGGCCACAGGCUUCUCGAAGAUCUUCCCCGGCAUCACUCCCCACCUGGCCACGCUGUCCUGGUUCUUUAAGAUCCCCUUGAUUAGGGACUACCUCAUGGCCAAAGGUGUGUGCUCUGUGAGUCAGCCAGCCAUCGACUAUCUGCUGAGCCACGGAACCGGCAACCUCGUGGGCAUUGUAGUGGGAGGGGUGGGAGAGGCCCUGCAAAGUGUGCCCAACACCACCACCCUCAUCCUCCAGAAGCGCAAGGGCUUUGUGCGCUCAGCCCUCCAGCAUGGGGCUCAUCUGGUCCCUACCUUCACUUUUGGAGAAACUGAGGCAUAUGAUCAGGUGCUGUUCCAUGAGGACAGCUGCAUGUACAAGUUCCAGAGCUACUUCCGUCGCCUCCUCGGUUUCUAUUUUUGCGUCCUCUAUGGACGAGGCUUCCGCGAAGGCUCUACUGGACUCCUGCCAUACCGGGUGCCUAUCACCACUGUGGUCGGGGAGCCUCUGGCACUGCCCAAAAUUGAAAAACCAAGCCAGGAGAUGGUGGACCAAUACCACACACUCUACAUGGAUGCCCUGUGCACACUGUUCGACCAGCACAAAGCCCAGUAUGGCUUUUCAGGAACGCAAAAGCUGCUUUUCUUGUAA